AUGCUCGGCAAAGUAGCUUUCGAAGAGGCCUUUGCCCUUCCCCGCAACGCCGAAAAGACCGAAUGGUGGGCCUCCCUCUUCGCCGUCGACGCGGCCAAACACACGCAAGAAAUCAACGACAUCAACAAACUCCGCAUCCAAAAAAUGGACCAAUACGGAGUCGGCUAUAAAAUCUUAUCCUACACCGCUCCGGGCGUACAGGAUGUGUGGAAGCAAAGUGAAGCGGAUGCUUUGGCGAGGGAAGUUAAUGAUCAUGUUGCGAGGGAGAUUAAAGGGUUUGAGACGCGGUUGGGGGCUUUUGCGACAUUAUCGAUGCAUGAUCCACAUGUCGCAGCCGAGGAAUUGAAGAGAUGUGUUAAGGAAUUGGGAUUCAAGGGAGCUUUGGUCAAUGAUACGCAGCGGAAUGACGAGUCUGGGGAUUCGAUGAUCUUCUACGACCACCCAUCCUGGGAUCCCUUCUGGUCCACAGUCCAAGACCUCGACGUACCCUUCUACCUGCACCCCCGCAACCCCACAGGAGUAUUCCACGAAAAACUCUGGGCGCCUCGAAAAUGGCUCAUCGGACCCCCCUUAUCCUUCGCCCAGGGAGUAAGUCUCCAUCUCCUAGGAAUGGUAACCAACGGUCUCUUCGACCGUUUCCCUCGCCUACAAAUCGUCAUCGGACACCUAGGCGAACAUCUCCCCUUUGAUCUCUGGCGAAUCAAUCACUGGUUUGAAGACGUUAAGAAACCUUUAGGUCUAGAUUGUAAGAGGACUAUAAGGGAGUACUUCGCGGAGAAUAUUUGGAUCACGACUAGUGGACAUUUCUCCACGCCUACUUUGGAGUAUUGUAUAAGGGAAAUUGGAGCCGAGAGGAUUUUAUUUAGUAUUGAUUAUCCGUUUGAGAAAUUUGAGGAUGCGUGUGAGUGGUUUGAUGGGGUGGAAUUGGAUGGUGUGGAGACGGUGAGGAUGAUUGGGAGGGAGAAUGCGAAGAAGUUGUUCAAGUUGGGCGGGUUCAAGGAUGAGAAUGCUUGA